AAUUUUAACGGAACGUUUGACAAGAUAAGUUAUUGAAAUCGUGUAGUAAGCGUUAGCAUUUUUUUCUUAUUUGUAGAGUUUGUGUCAAAUUAUAAAAAAAUAAAUAAUUGUUAACGCAAACCCACAUCACAAGGUGUUAAAAGAUGGGUCGAAAACGAAAAAUACCAAUUGCAGAUGAAGAAAAAGAAAAUACAGUUGCUGCAAGUCGUCAGCGGGGUGGUGCUGUAAGUGCUACAGCCAGCAAUUCGAUGAUGUUGCACGGCCCCAUGUACACAAUAAUGUCCAAUGUGCAAUUAAAUGAAACUAGCCACAAAAAAUAUGUUAAGGAAUUGAAGCAACUGUACGCCAAGAUGGAUCAUGAUGCAUUCAUGUUUACGUUCAUCAAAAUGAUAAAAACUGCAAUGGUGGCCGAUGAGGGUAAUGAGUACGCAGAAACGACAUUAUUAUUUUGUUCUAAAUUUGUAAGUUCAUAUGAUGGGGAAGAUACACAUCCUGUGUUGAUUGAUAUGUGCAAGUGGCUGCUUACGACCAUUUCGCGCAAUCCACACAUACGUUUUCGCAUUUGUCAAUUUGUGAACAUGAUACUUAAAGCGCUUGGUCAAGAAGCCGCACUAGAUGAUGCAAUAUGCGAUCGUAUAUUAGAAUAUAUGCUGCAUCGUUUACAUGAUACUUCGCCGAAUGUGCGUGUGCAAGCAAUAUUGGCAAUGCAACGUUUGCAAGUACCAGACAAUCCGGACGAUCCAGUGCUGCGUGCUUAUCAGUUUCACCUUUGCUCUGAUCCAUCCUCACGUGUGCGACAAGCUGUAAUAACAUGUAUGGGACGCAACUAUCAUACUAUACCUUAUAUACUGGAUCGAUUGUGGGACAUUGACGAGAAAGUGCGUCGACAUACAUAUUUACACAUGAGUAGUUACCCGGUGCGUUCAUAUAAGGUGUCACAGCGUUUGACCUUACUACAGCAGGGACUUAACGAUCGUUCCGAAGCUGUACGCAAAGUGGUAGUCACAAUAAUGUUACAACAGUGGAUAGAAUCUUACCAAAAAGAUCUUAUUGCUCUAAUAGCGGCUUUAAAAUUAGAUUCUAGUGAGAGUGAAAUUGAUCGUUUUCGUAAAGUGACAAAGCAGACACUGAAGGAGUUAUUUAAGCGUCAGAAAAAAAACGACUUGAUUGCCUGUGUGCCAUUAGAUGAAGAUGGUGAAAUGCAUCGUUUGGUGCCAUACGAAAAACUAUCCAUGGAAAUUGCUUUGUAUUGGCAAUCUUUGACCGAGUUUUUGCAAACGGAAUUGGCCGAAGAGCACGAUUUAAUUGUGCCCGAAUUGAGCACAUUCUGUACUUAUGUGGAGAACUUCUGCCAUUUACAAAAAGCGGACAUGGACAAAUUUGAGCUAAUGGAAUUUCAAUACAAACUGCUCUCGCUCACUGAAAUGCUCUACACAUUCGAUUUGGGUGAUGAAAUUGGCCGUGGUAAUCUACAGAAACUUUUGGCGUAUCUUUUGAAAACAUUCCGUCUGGAUGAGAAGGUGAUCGAGAUGAUCGUACGCUGCACCGAAAAUCUAAUAACUGAUCAAAAUGCGCGUAUACAGUUUAUUGUGGAAAUCGUGCAAGAUAUAUGCGGUUUAAAUAACAAGCAAAAUGAUCUAUUGCACGAUCGCACGUUAAUCACUGAACUAUUAGCGACUUCCUCAAAUGCCGAUCUAAAUUUGAAAUUAUCAUCGCUAAAAGUGAAAAUUCUCGAUUUGGAAGAACAAGAAAUGAAUUUCGUAAAGCAAAAAGAUUAUAUGCGUGCACAACAAAUAACUGAAGAGAAGCUCACUGCUACUGAAGAAUAUGCAAACUUAUUGCAACCACUUUUGGAGAAUCAUCCCAAUGCUGAUGCGUUAAAUCGCCCGUUACAACUGCGUAAAACAUUGAAACCCGAGUGCAUAUUGAAGAGUUUACAAAUUGCCUUCCACAUGGUCGUUUCACCCAAAGUGCGUUCACUCAAUCCGAGCAUUUUGAAAUUGUAUAAUGAUUUCAUAUGUCGCCAUCUUGCUUCGAAUCAAAUAGCCAUACGUGAUUGGGCGCUGAAAUGCGGUACAGCCUGCAGUAUGCUGUACGAGGUGUUGGCCAAGGAUGUAUUCGAGGAGUUGUAUUCACAAUUUUUCAAAAAUCACAAUAUUCGCAUAUGGGAGACGUCAAUAACGUGUAUUUUUGAACUGCUGGACAGAUACGGUUUGGAUAAUUUCGCCAAACAAGAGGACCAAAAUAAAACGAAGAAAAGUGGCCGCCAGCUAUACAACACAUUAGAAUUUCUGGAUAGCGAAGAUGAUUCGAAUGUGCUGAGCGCCGGUCAGGGUGUGGAUGUCAUCUAUAUGAUGUCACACUUUCUCGACACUUGCGAUGACACAUGCAUCGUUAGUGCCAUCAUUGUUGGCUUCUGUCGCCUCAUAUUACGUGGCUACAUCAAGUCUAGCGAUAUCAUUGAAAAAUUGCUGCUGCGUUAUUUUAAUCCAAGCACCGAUGCAAAUAUUAACCAAAUCUUGGGCGUUUUUCUCGAAAAUCUUAUUCAAUGCAAGCGGCAUGGUUUGCUACAGCCUUGUCUGCUGCCAAUGUUGACCACUGUAUUAAGUGCCCCUUAUGAGAAUCCGCUGCACGAGAUACGCCCCGAAACUAUAACACGUUUCAUCAUCGACUCCACACGGCAGGAGAGUUCGUCCAUAACCGACGGCUGGAUACACAAUAAAAUCGCCGAAACUAUAUUGCAAGAGAUGUUGAACAAUUUGACCAACAAAGACUUGUGCAAGCUGCUGGCCAAAGAGCUCAUCACGCUCGAGUUGAGUGUCACACAGAAUGAACAGCUGAAGCGUGAAAUGAAAGAAACCGCCGAUAAGUUGAUAACGGCUGAUCUUGAUCCGCGAACAAUCAAGCUCAUCAUAGACUUUAAAGGUCUCGUCGAUGGCACGUACAAUCCUGCCCACAAGGCGGCAGCAAACGAUUCCGAAGGCGAAGAGGACAGCAAUGAUGAGACAGUGAACGACAACGACACAGCAAUCGGACAGACUGCACGUGGUAAAGCGGCGGCAGUGAGUGAGAAGGUGGAUGAGCCAACACGACAACCGCCGCCACAGCCACCACCUGAUGGCACAGAAAGUGUUGCUACGCUAUCAGAGGACAUUGCUGCUGACGCCGCUACUGAGUUGGCGUCACAGCCUGCUACUUCGAGCGAAGAAAUGGCGCCUACUGUCUCGGAUACGCGCACAGUCGCUGAGCAAGCCGCCGAUGGUGGCAUAAUAACGAAGGAUAUCUCACCGUCGGCGCGUGUGCCGACAACAUAUGGACGCGAGAAUCGCGUGGGUCACCGUUAUCUGCGCAAAUCGUUGAAUUCAACACGUGGCCAAUCGGACAACGAGGCGGCUGAUGGACCGCCACGCUCGCCGAAGAUACGCAUUGAGGCGCGCAUAGAUUCCGAUAAGAAAUCUGAGCAACCAGCACGUGAAGAGCACCAAGUGCGCAAUACACGUGUGAGACGCAAUUUACGUUAUGCCGAAAAGAAUAACGCAGCGGAGGAGGAAGCCGCAGAGCCGACUAAGGAUGCGGCAAAAGGGCGUAAUAAGCGACGUGCAAACCUGCCAACACUUAAUGUUGACGUCGACGACACUGAAUCAAAUUCAAAAACAAAUAGCGAUGCAGCAGUUGGCCAAAGCCAAGCAACGACAACGCGUAGCGCCUCAAGUCCAGCUAAGCGGCAAACGAAGGAGUCCAGCAAACAGCAAACCGUCGAGCAGUCGGCGCCGAAAACCGAUAAACCAGAGAAAGCAAAGGAAGUGCAGCAAGAGCCGGCGAAGGCGCAGCCGAAGGAAUCAAUAAAAACGCGGAGCAAGGAGCAAGAAAAAGCGAAAUUACCGCCGCCGGCAACCAGGCUGCUGGCGCGUGCGGCGACACGAAGCGCCGCCAAAAACAACGAAGUCGAAGAGCAGCUCAAUACAUCCGAUGUUGUACCGCCUUCACCGCCGGCGGUAAUGUCACCGCGCACCAUAGUGCGACGUCAACGGCGUGCCGGUGGUGGUGACAUAUCCGUGGCGAAUCUAACGGAAACGCAACGUCGUGCCACACGCAGUCAGUCAAAUCAAUCGGCGCCGAAUCAAGACACUGACACAACUGAAGACGAGGCUGAAGACCGAACUGACACUGUAAACCAACAACCAACUAACACCGAAUCCACCAGCGUGACAAAAGCCCUGACGUCAGCACGCGUCAAUUUGAAACGAACGUUCUGCUCAACACCAAAGCCGACUGGCGCCGCAACCGCCGACGUGGUGCCUUAUUCGCCACGUUUAGAGUCGCCGCUUUUGAAGCGUCUACGUGCUGAAACGCCAGCUAAGAAACAGUUGCGUCCGCGCCGUGGCAACUCCUCGCCACCGCCCAGCGAGCCGUUGAAAGAAAAUGCAACAAAGGAGAACAGCACUGAAGUGGUCGGACCAACACGCAGAAGUGAGCGACAACGCUCUACUUCGCUUACAAUACCAGAGCCAGAGAAAAACACUGAAGCGACAAGAAAGUCUGCUGGAGCGAAAGCAAGCGCUUCAAGUGAUUCGAAUUUGACGACAAACGCAAGCUCCGCAACGCGCACCCGUUCCGCGACAAGUGUUGCCGUGUUAACACCCGCGGAUACCGCUGCGCAGCGCACACGAUCGGCCAAGCGCACGAGCGUUAAUGCUGACGCGGAUGCAGCUGAUAAAUCUAGCUCCGCAACCAGCGUGGAAGCUGACGACGCUUCAAAAUCCGCUACGCGUAAAGCUGAGGAUGCGAGAACCAAAUCUGCGCCGCGCGCCAAUAGUGAGUCCGCUACGGAUGUCACAAACAAAACGCGCACGCGCUCUGCUACUCGCUCGACAGCGGACACAACAUCCGUUGUGCGCGCCAAAAAACACGCUGAUACUCCCAGCGCAGACGAUAAAGACAACAGCGCGCCGAAGGAGAAACGUCGCAAAAGCAACAACAAUGAAGAUGUGAGUACGCCGUCACCGCAACGCGGCGGCAUGAUGACACGGCGGCGUUUGUCGAUGAGCGGUGGCAAUUUGGAUGAUGCUGGUGGCGACACUAGCGACAAUGAGACCGCCAGUGAAGUUACACAACGCAGGCGUUCAUUGCGCGAUAGAAGCGCCACUGAUGCAGCCAAAGAAGCAUCCAUGGCGCCUCCUACAAGCAAACCUCAGCAACAGGCGAGUAAAAUACCAGUACGCGCCUCAAGCAGCAGCAUUGUGAAGACGCGACACGCCGCUCGCAACGUCUCCUCAUCGCUGGUAUUGGCACCGAAAACGGUCGAGUCGAACUCGAGCAGCGGCAGUGGCAGUUCCAGCACGGAAGAGGCUAUGAAGACAUUGGGCGCGGUGCUAUUGCGCAAGCGCGCGCUCACCACCAAAGUGACGCGCAUCCACUUGGCGCAGCGCACCAAGGGCAAUCCAGUGCCGAUGGAGUUGGCGCGUCCGACGCGUCUACGUGCGCCCGCCAGCAAUUUGUCAACUUCGAAUUUGAGGGCGAAGAAGCUUUAAAAGCGUACCAAGUGGUUGCUUCAAAUAAUGGAUAGUGAAGGCAUCUUUACGAAAUUAUGAAAUUACACACUACUACUUACACAUACAUAUAUUAUAUAUUUAUACACUUUUUUUUUCAAAUUCUCGUAGAAAAACUUACCGUUUUUAGCUUAUAACCCCGUAGUAUAAUUUUUACAUCUUCUACACUUUCCUUAUACCUAGACAUAUUUAGUUUUUGAUUUAUUUUUAUAAAAUUAUAAAAGCAUGCGCUUAAGUAAUAUUUAAAUUUUAACCAGCAUUAUCGAUUAUUAUGUAUUAUAACGCUUUAGCCAAUAAA